GUGCGGUGUGGUCUGGGCGUGGCGAUAUGUUUUCGUUGCAUUGGUUGCAUUAGAAAAACAAAUGUAAUGUUAUGGGCAAUUUUGUUGGCUGCAAUACGUUUAAUUUAGAAGUUCACAAAGGUUUAUAAAGCCACAGACGGAAGGAGGAAGUAACAUUAGGGAUAGUUUGCUGGUGAGGAGGAAAAGACAGUAAACAGUCCAUAAUUCAUUGCUGGAUCAGUGCGUCUGACCUCAAACAUUCAGGUGAGUGUUUGUCCAGCAGAAUCAGGAGGGAGAUGUUUGGCAGGAAAAAUAAACGACCAGCAGCGCCGAAAGGCCAAGGGGCAGCUGCAGCCAAACAGAUGGGGUUGUUGCUUGAUUUUAAGCCAAAUGAUAUGAUGGACAUGGACCAGGAUCUGAGUGAUCCAGCUUUAGAAGCUGAAUUUGCUGCCAUUGUUGGGAAGAAACCAACAGCACCUGCCAGGGGUAAAAAGGCUGACAAAGCCCCGUUACCAAUGGAGGAUAUUGAAAAAAUGGCGGAGGCAUGCAUGAAGGACAUCGAUGAUGAUGAUGAUGCAAACCUGGAGGAUGAUGAAGACCUUCUGGCUGAGCUACAGGAAGUGGUUGAAGGGGAGGAAAUGGAGGACUCAGGGGCCGCAACCCCAUCCUCAACUGUUAGCGCAGAAGUUCCUUCAGCAGAUCCGACACCAGUAAGCCAGGAACCUAAAGUCAAAUCGAUUUCUGGGAGUAUUGAACACACCUUAGACGAGAGAAUUAACAUGUACAGAAAGGCUAUUACAAAUGCCAAAGCCUCAGGGGAAUCCUCUAAAGCUCGGCGAUAUGAGAGAGGCCUUAAGACAUUACAAACUAUGCUGGCAACUGUACGGAAAGGAGGAAAGAUUGACGAAACAGAGAUUCCUCCUCCAGUUACAGGAGCCACUUGUGGUCCGAAUCAGCCCCCUGCCCAAAGUGCAGUGUCACCUGACAGCGCUGUUGACAUUUCCCCAGUCUCCAUGGAGACGGCACCUGUUCUCAUGGAUCCAACACUAAACACUAGAAAGGAAUCCUCUGGUUUACCAUCACCUGCUUCCUUGUCAGUUCCAGAUGAGGAACAUACAGGAAAAGCUGUAGAAGAGUCUCCAGUCGAACAGCCCCCUAAAGACAUUUUGCUAGAGAGACAGAAAGACUACAGGAUGGCAGCUCUCAAGGCCAAACAUGCAGGGGAUAUUGAGAAAGCCAAAAUGCACAUAAAGGCCAGCAAGGCAUUCGAUGCAGCAAUUGAGGCUUUGGAGAAAGGUCAGCCGGUGGACAUGAGCUCCCUCCCACCCCCUCUGGCUCAAGCCUCCAUAGUUACUCAGUCUAAACCUCAGGAAGCUGUUAAAGUCUCACCUGAAGCCAAUGAAGGACAAGCUCAUAGUGGUUCUGGCCCAGCUGAGCCCAAGACUGUUCUUGAAGCUCUAGAACAGAGGAUGGCAAAGUAUAAAGAGGCCUUUACACAAGCUAAAGCGAGCGGGGAUGAUCGCAAGGCCCGAAUGCAUGACCGCAUUGCUAAGCAAUACCAGGCUGCCAUCCGUGCUCAUAAAGCAGGUCGAACAGUCAAUUACGAUGAACUUCCAGUCCCGCCAGGUUUUCCUCCAAUCCCAGGCCAGAAAGCCACUUCACCUGAGCAAGGAUUGGCUGCUGUGCUAGAAACAGCCAAUAAGCUGACAUCUAAUGAAACUGAAGCUGGGGAUGAAAACGAAGAUGAAGAUGGGGAUGAGAAGGUGGCAGAGGUUAAAACUGCAAAAUUAGACAACGAAAAGAAACCCACGCUCGCAGUACCACCAACAAUACAGGAGCCGAAAAGAAGCCCUUCCCCUGACAGGACGUCCAAAAGAGGGAGUCUGACUGACACUGCUCAGCAGCAGUUGGAGUUUCUGGAGAGCCGUAAAAAGCAGUACAUGAAAGCAGCACUGCAGGCUAAACAGAAGCAAGACCUAGAGCAGGCCAAGACCUUCCUGCGCACAGCCAAGGGUUUGGAGCCUAUGAUAGAAGCAGUGCGUAGCGGUAAAACAGUGGACGUAAGCAAGGUGCCUUCACCACCUGGAGAUGAAGAGGAGGACUUCAUCUUAGUCCAUCACAGUGAUGUUCAGAUAUCAGAGAAGUCUGAGCAAGUCUACACUCAACUUACCAAACUACUGAAAGAGCAACAUGAGAAAUGCGUGACGUAUUCCAAGCAGUUUACGCACAUGGGGAACGUUGCAGAGACGACCAAGUUUGAAAAAAUGGGAGAGCAAUGUAACAAGAGCCUGGAGGUCCUUAAACUGGCACAGAAUAGGGGGCUUGAGCCUCCUAAACAUCACUUUGAGGAGAGAACUUAUCGCACCGUCAGGAUAUUUCCGGACCUCACUAGUACAGACAUGAUUGUGAUGAUUGUAAGGGGGAUGAAUCUUCCUGCUCCCUCUGGCAUUGCAACCAGUGACUUGGAUGCAUAUGUCAAAUUUGAAUUCCCAUACCCCAGUACAGAUCAACCUCAGAAACAUAAAACAUCAGUCGUUAAAAAUACAAACAACCCAGAGUAUAACCAGAGCUUCAAGCUGAACAUCAAUCGUAACCAUCGUGGCUUCAGAAGGGUGGUGCAGUCUAAAGGUCUAAAGCUGGAGGUUCUGCACAAAGGUGGCUUUCUGAGAAGUGACAAACCAGUAGGAGCAGCCCACCUCAAACUGGAGAAACUGGAAUCUGAAAGUGAAGUGAGGGAGAUAAUCGAGGUCAUGGAUGGGCGAAAGCCCACAGGUGGUCUUUUAGAGGUAAAAGUGCGACUCAGAGAGCCACUGAGUGGUCAGGACCUCCAAACUAUCACAGAACGCUGGCUGGUACUGGAAGAACCACAGGUACUGCUGUAAUUGACACAGACCUACAAAACAUCUUCAUAAAGUACUGACUGAGGUCUCAACGCUUUAUCAAGAGUAGAGGAGAUUAUGGAAGGCUGUAGCUGCUAGUUUCAGGCACUAAACACAAGAUGAAUAUUAAAAGGACAUUUCAUACGCACUAUGUGCUUUAAGAGACAUUCACAGAGAGAGUGUCACUGACAGAGGCAGGUCACUUUGUCUUUUUUUUUUUAGGGUGAAAAAGUUUGGAUGUUGCAGUUGGGGUCAAAAAAGUUAUAAUAAUACAGUGGAUAUUAAGAUGAGGCAGUAGACACUUGUGUGAGAUUGAUCUUCCUCUUUGCCCUUUGAGAUGGAUUGCCUCUUGAUUUUGUAAUAACGUUUACUCCAGCUGUUACGUUAAUGCUUUGGAGUUCAUGCCAAUGAGAGCUGAGCUUUUUUUGCUGCUCUGGGAUGCACUUCUGCACUAAUGCCAAAGUAAUCACUGUUGCUGCAGUAAGAUAAAUGACUUAAUCUCGUCUCCCUGAUAGUAGGAGCCUAUGGCUGCCAUGUCAUUACUACUUAUAUUAGUGCUAUGCAAAUUAGUCAGUUGCAGUAAGCUAUGCACAAACGAUUGCAUUUAAACUCCAAACACUUCGCCUGACAUUUCACAACUUUGUUAUAUUAUGUGAACUGGCUGUUUAACACUGGUUAAUUGUGGAUAAGUAGUGCCAGAGUACUGUUUAUAUUUUCCUUAAAGCCAUAAACCAGCUUUUAUUUUUUGAACUAGAUGUGAAUUAUUUAUCAAAUCUUCCGAAUUAUCUGUUUUUCGUUCUGCUUUUUGCACAUGUAAAUGAGUGCUGCCACCAGAUUUAAAAUAAGAAAAUCUUUCCCGUAGUAGUUUAACUUAUAUAAGCGUUUUGGCACUUUGGUGAUAAUUUGUUGUACUAGUAGUUGGGCUGCAAUAGUCAGAAGAGCCACUUUUGUUGCCAUUUAAACUUAGCAAAGGAAGACCUAUGCGUCUUAGAGAGUUGUGUGUGUAUAUAUGUAUAAAAAAAACUUUUAAUUGGUCAAUUUAUUUGAUGCAUACAGCUGAUCUUACGUUUGACAGUCUUGAUCUGUCUGAAUUGCAAAUGCUCCUACAAGUCACUUUAGCCAUAUUUAGCCAAUGUUUACAUUGCAAUCUUGUGUGCACUUAAGUUAUUGUUUUAAGAUUUGAUGGGCACCUUCACUUGCCAUAGAUUUAAUUCAGAAUUCAUUCAGUCUUGUUCACUUUGCCAGUCUAAAAAUAACUCAUUUAGGUCUUCGAGAUAUUUUGUUUUUAGGCCUGGACAAUGUGAAAUCUUGGUUAAUAAGUCUGAUUUAUAUGCUGUGCAGCUCUGUCCAUUCAUUUCAUUCACAGUUGUUUUCAUCUCAUGUGAAUUAUUUGGUUUUUAACAGCUCUGGCACUUUGAAAGAGCAAUUUAACAGUCACAGACGGAGCCUAGUCCUGGCUUAAAUUAUACUGUCUGGGUCACUUCAUCACUACAUUUGAUUCAUCAAAUUAUAAGGCUUUUACUGAAAACCGGCUCCGAGUUGACUGGUCAUUUCACUCUUACUAGGAUCUCAUACUAUAUAGUUUAAAUAUGUAGGUUUUUACUGUUCUGACGUUAUGGUUUUAUUUUUUGCCUGUAUUUUAUUUUUUUUCAAGUUUGUAAACCUUGUUUUGUUAUUAAAUGAGAAUUUAAGAAUUGUAGUUUUUUCCUUUAAAGACUUGAUGGAAAUGCAAGCCUUUAUUCUACCUUACAUGCAGAUUAUUUAACAUGUCUUCAAAAGACAAAGAUGGCAUAUUUUUAUAUAUUCAACAGGUUUCAUAAAGACUGCUUUUAUUGACAUUUGUAGUGUACAAUAAAGAAAAGAUGUAUAUUCA